GCUGCUGUAUCUGUGGGUACCCACCGCAGUUUUCCGGUCUCUUUCCCUGGAUACCCAGCGGAUGCUAUUCCUUCCUCCGCGCAUCAGCUUCUCGUAUCGACAGUCUGCUUUCAAUGCCAGUCGUCGGGAAUGAUUUUUGCGUGUCGCUCUCUCUGAAUUGUCGGCAUUAAUCGGGGAGGGGAGGCGAGAAGCGCGUUGUGCCUCUGAACGUUAUUCGAAGUAAUGCCAGUGCCAGACCAGCCCUCUGAGAACUCCAGCAUGUUGAGCCCAGUACUGAACGCCUCCAAUGGAGACGGGUCCGAGACAGAGACCACUUCUGCCAUCCUGGCCUCUGUUAAAGAACAGGAGCUGCAGUUCGAGCGACUGACACGGGAGUUGGAGGCUGAGAGGCAGAUUGUUGCCACCCAGCUGGAGAGAUGCAAGUUGGGUUCUGAAACCGGAAGCAUGAGCAGCAUCAGUUCUGCGGAUGAGAAGUUUCGCUGGAACAACCAAGAUGGACAAAAAGAUAUAGAGGAAGAGCUUACCACCGGUCUGGAACUUGUAGAUUCCUGCAUCCGCUCUCUUCAGGAAUCUGGUAUUCUGGAUGCACAGGAAUUCACUGCGGGCGAAAGACCAGGCAUACUCUCCCAGAGUGCUUUGCAGCUCAAUAAUCAAGAGGGCGCUUUUCCGUAUCCAGUCAAUUACCAUAGCAACCAGACCCUGGCUCUCGGGGACCUGUCGGGCUCCCAGCCUCCCCGAGGGGGUCAGGUGGGAGGAGCCCUGCAUAGCUAUAACCAGGUGACGUCUAAUCGUGUUGCACAGCUGGCUGCCAGAGAGACAGCCUCCCGGGUUCAUUCUCGAGACUCCUUUGACCAGAGUCAUGGCAGUGCAUGCCACAUGCCAGACGAUCAGCCAGCAGCCCCUGUAAAUUAUUCCUGCUUCACUCUCCCAGCCCAGCGAGUGAGCUCUCAAUUUUCCAUGCAGACUUUGGGCUCACCGUCCAAACUCCAGAGGCUGGGCUCAGCCUCCGACAUGCCCAGCUACGCCACUCUUGCGCGGGUGUCUUCACCCAAGCAGUCUCCGAGCCGGCUGGCCAAGUCCUACAGCACCAGCUCGCCCAUCAACAUGGCGGCGGGAGGUUUGUCCUCCUCACCUUUGCACAUGGCGACGGGACCGGGCAACGCCUCCAACUCAUCUCCUUUACACCAGCUCAGCAACGUGGUGGGAAGCUACGCCACUUUGUCUCCCACCAAGCGCAUGCUUCACUCCACCGAUCAGUACAAGAUCUCCCAUGAUCUGUAUGCCAACGCCACACUCCAGAGGCCCGGCAGUCUGGCAGGUUCCAGAGGUUCGUAUAGUAGUCAGCACAGUCACAUGGGCUCAGAGAUCAGACCCCUGCAGUCUCCAGAGCAUCACAUCGACCCGAUUUACGAGGACAGAGUCUACCAGAAGGCUCCUCUGAGGAACUUCAACCAAGGCCAAACCCCUUCCUCUCCCGGUGUUGACUCCAUACCCUUGCAGCGUACUGCAAGCCAGAACGCCACGGGGACGUUCCCCCGUGCAGGCUAUGCCACCGGUCCUGGUGCCUCAACCGUAGACUAUGCCAACCCCUACCGUACUCUCCAGUUCUGCCCCUCCACAGACUCACCCUACAGUAAAUCAGGACCUGCUCUGCCUCCGGAAGCAACACUGGUCAGGUCGCCCUCCGUAGACAGCAUCCAGAAGGAUCCCAGGUACGACCCUGAAUUCCUUGUCUGGAAUCAAAAUCAAGCCGAGCAAAGAAUGACAAAGGAAUUUGGCUGGAGGGAUCCUGAACUGCCAGAGGUCAUUCAAAUGCUGCAGCAUCAGUUUCCAUCUGUACAGUCCAAUGCUGCAGCCUACCUACAGCACCUGUGCUUUGGAGACAACAAGAUCAAAUCAGAGAUACGAAGACAGGGUGGUAUCCAGCUUCUGGUGGACCUGCUGGACCACCGUAUGACCGACGUGCACAGGAGUGCCUGCGGCGCUCUUAGGAACCUGGUUUACGGCAAGGCCAACGAUGACAACAAGAUUGCGCUGAAGAAUUGUGGUGGGAUUCCCGCCCUCGUGCGGCUCCUGCGCAAGACUACAGACGUGGAGAUCAGAGAGCUGCUUACAGGGGUGCUGUGGAAUCUGUCCUCGUGCGAUGCUCUGAAGAUGCCAAUAAUUCAGGACGCUCUAGCAGUGCUGACCAACACAGUCAUUAUUCCUCACUCGGGCUGGGACACCUCUCCCCAUCAGGACGAUCGCAAACUUCUCCUGCAUUCCUCACAGGUGCUCCGCAAUGCUACCGGUUGCCUCAGGAACGUGAGCUCAGCUGGAGAAGAGGCCCGCCGCAGGAUGAGAGAGUGUGAGGGGCUCACCGAUGCUCUGCUUUAUGUCAUUCAGACGGCCCUGGGCACCAGCGAAAUCGACAGCAAGACUAUCGAGAACUGCGUGUGUAUCCUGCGGAACCUGUCGUACAGGUUGGCUGCGGAGACGUCUCAAGGGCAGCAGAUGGGAUCGGAGGAGCUGGACGGGGUUCUGUGCACUGACGCCAGCGGCAAGGAUGCUGAGAGCUCCGGCUGCUGGGGCAAGAAGAAAAAGAAAAAGAAGAGCCACGAUCAGUGGGAUGGUGUUGGGCCUUUCCCUGACUCCAGUGAUCCUCCAAAGGGACUACAGAUGCUCUGGCACCCAUCGAUAGUGAAACCUUACCUCACUCUCCUCUCUGAAUGCUCAAACCCGGACACCCUGGAGGGAGCGGCAGGGGCUCUACAGAACCUGGCAGCGGGUAGCUGGAAGGUAGGCCCCAACAUAAAACCUUGGUCGGUGUAUAUCCGAGCAGCGGUGAGGAAAGAGAAAGGCCUGCCCAUUCUGGUGGAGCUGCUGAGAAUAGACAAUGAUCGAGUGGUGUGUGCUGUGGCCACGGCUCUCAGAAACAUGGCUCUCGAUGUCAGGAACAAGGAACUCAUAGGCAAGUACGCCAUGAGGGAUCUAGUCCAUCGUCUGCCGGGGGGGAACAAUAACAACACCACUGGCACCAGCGGCAGCCCCAGCAAGAGCAUGUCUGAUGACACAAUCGCAGCGAUCUGCUGCGCUCUGCAUGAGGUCAUCACCAAGAACAUGGAGAACACCAAGGCCCUUCGUGAUGCGGGUGGCAUCGAGAAACUCAUCGGCAUCGCCCGCAGCAAAGGCGACAAACACACACCAAAGGUGGUGAAAGCAGCAUCUCAAGUCCUCAACAGCAUGUGGCAGUACAGAGACUUGCGAAGCCUCUAUAAGAAGGACGGUUAUUCUCAGUAUCACUUCAUUGGCUCUUCAUCUACAAUCGAGAGAGACAGACAACGGCCUUAUUCCUCCUCUCGCACUCCAUCUAUCUCUCCGGUGCGGACCUCGCCCAAUAAUCGAUCAGCAAGUGCCCCGACCUCCCCUCGGGAAAUGAUGAGCUUGAAGGAGAGGAAGAUAGACUAUGAGUCAACUGGAACCAUUUCUGGUUACCAUGGAAACAAGGGCGAGCACACCUCUAGGAAAGACGCUAUGGCAGCUCAAAUCUCAAGUGGAACAUCUACACUGUUCAGAGGUGCUUACAUGUCUCCUGGGGAUGACAUCAAACAUAACCAGGUCUCCGCUCAAGGCAACCCACCCGAAGCCUAUCCUCCUUUCCAGACUCCCCCGGGACCCAACUUUGAGGAGCCUUACUUCGAGGACCAAGCUCAUAAACGCCCUCCGCCUGCCGCCGAUGGCACCAUGCACCUGGGACUGAAGUCCACAGGGAACUACGUGGACUUUUAUUCGGCGUCUCGCCCGUACAGUGAACUCAACUACGAGACGAGCCACUACCCGGCCUCGCCAGACUCCUGGGUGUAGAGGCAGGCUGGAGGCUGGCCUACGGACACAUGACACACAGACCGGCCCGGCAUGUGCAUGAACACUAGUAGACAUCUCACACACAUAUACCUUCAGUUCGGUUCAGCGCGACAGCGGGCUGCCAGCCAGCCAGCCAGCCAGCCGGUGAUCAACGUCAGGAAAGAGAGAGAAGAUUUUAGGGAAGGGGUUUCCGAAAGGCUCAAGGCAUGUGUUUUACUGAACGGACCACUUGAACUUUCCCGAAACAGUGGGAGAAUUGGAAUAUAUUUACGGACGUAAACGGAAAAGCGGUAGCUACAUGGUGUAGAGAUCAGACUUUACGUGAAGCACAAGAAAACAGCACUGGACACAAGCUCAGAAAGUAGUUUUCACACAUUUUAUGACAUUUUCUUAUGUUACGUCAUGCUUUUUUCACUCUUAGCCUUUCUAUCUUUUCUUUUUUUAAUUUGCUUGUUUUUUGUACCUCCUUUUUAACUUCUCAAGUCUGGUGUAAAGUACUUGUUGUAUAUUGCAGAUGUAGAGACAAGGUGCAUUGUGUAUAUUACGCAAAGACUACUGUGUCCUCCUCGUGGCUCGAUACGUCGUUUUUCUUUUUAACAGAGACACUCAUUCAACUCCAGCAUUCUCUUCUAUGCGUAGACAAGCAGCAGAACGUGUCUAAUUCAAAGGUGUAGUUCGCUCUAAUGCGAUUCAUUUUCUUUUUUCUAAACUACAAACGACUGACGACAGAGGAUCACUGCCUGGACGGAGUUUACCACCAAAAAAAAGAACUUUAUCAGGCCUGUCCGUCACUUUUUGUCUCGGCAGUUUUAAACACACAUACACGUUUUCCCCAACCAUACUGAGGGUCAUUCUACAAGUGAUCUGUGCUUAGUUUUGUAAAAUGUGUCAAACGUGGUAAUCCCUGACCCAAGGGUUGUUGUAGAUCCGCCGUUGAAGUUGCAUUUAACGGCGCGUCGUUUGGUUCUAUCGACGCCCGUUUGUAAAUGCUUUUUUUAUGUGUUUCAACAGCAUUCACACUGUAAUGACGACAGAGGGACAUGGUCUUCGAAAGCUACUUUCCCUCCAAAGAUGUACAAUUAGUUUAAGAGGUGUUGUAAAAAUAGACAUUUGCAAAAUCUGCUUUUUCCUUCCAGAGAUCAGUGGUUCUUAAGCUCAUCGUAGACAAAUCUGUCAAUAGAGUAUGGAUUUAUAUUAUAAAUACAAAUAUAUAUAUAUACUUUUUAAUGUGCAGAUGUGGAUGUCACCUAAUGCAGAAACAUUGCGAGGAAAAAACGCUAGUUCAUUAGGGUUUCGUUCACCUUUAUUUCGAAUGGAGACGUCGACCUCCUCUUGUCAUGUUGUUGCUGUGUAAAACAGGUGAGACCAGGGCUCCGGACACAGAGCGCACGUGUGCGAUAAAGUCUCUAACGUUGACUAGAAAAGGUGCUAAUUCUAUGCUCACUAUAACACAGUUGUCAUUUUGCUUAUGUUGUUGCUACCUUGUAAAAACGAUUUGAAUGUGAUUUCAUAUUUUUUGUAAAACAAACCCCCCACCUAAAUAAUAUUGAUGAUCCCUGUAAAAUGUAUGCCCUAUAAAAGAUGCACCUCUUUUUCCUUCAUUGUUUAUAUCUUAUCUCAGGUCAUCUUUGCUUUUAGAAGAUUGAUGAACAUUCCUUGAGCAGAAGAGAUUGAAAAGACAACAGAGAGUGAUGCUAUAGCCCGUCAUCGUGUGAUUUAAACUUUAGACUUGAGUCUGGCAGAUUUAAGGAAGGUAUGAAGCUCGGUCAUAAGCCCUGGUCUUACCUUCGUAUCACUUAGAGAGAUCAUUUUCGAAAGCAAGGGUCAGGAUAUCCCCCAAAACUCACACAUCUUUCUGCACCAUCGAUAGUGAACGUCUGAGAACAAGCAAAAUAUCUGUGACAAAGUAGACAUAUCAGGCAACCUGUAUUGAAGAUGUAAGUAAACCUUUUUUUUCUGUUGCUAGACAAAGUGUUUGAGAGAAUUGUGAACCUUUUUAAUGCCAGGUUGCAACUGCUAUAUAAACUAAAUGAGAAUCA